AUGCCGGUGAGCAUAUUCUCCGAGCCUUCGAUUUCUGCCAGUAUGGUAGAGGACCUGGAAGCUGAUUAUAGCGGAGUUUUCAGGAAUGUUGAAGACGUCCUUGGCCGCUUACAAAAUGUAUCACCGGUUGAAAGGUACGAGCGUCUCCAAAAAAUCGGUCAGGGGACGUUUGGCGAGGUGUUCAAGGCCAGGCAUAGAGUGACAAAACAGCAUUUCGCCCUUAAAAGGAUUAGAAUAGAGCAGGAAAAGGAAGGAUUUCCGAUAACUGCCAUUCGUGAGAUCCGCAUACUGCAGUCUUUGCAACAUGAAAAUAUUGUUUGUCUUAAAGAUGUUUGCUACAGCACAAGGGAUGAGCGUUCAUGCUUUCGUCCACAGUUCUUUCUGGUUUUUGAGUUCUGUGAUCAUGAUCUCGCUGGUCUUAGUCAGAGGGCUGAUUUUCCGAAUUCCGUCAAAAAAGCUAUUAUGCUCCAGCUGUUGAAAGGACUCUUCUAUUUACACAAAAACAAUGUACUUCACAGAGAUUUGAAAGCAGCUAAUAUUCUGAUCAACAGACAAGGAGUUUUGAAAAUUGCGGAUUUCGGAUUAGCUCGAAGAACUGUUGCGUCUAUCCGCCCUGAUCGGCCUCCUCGUUACACUGGACGAGUUGUCACUCUUUGGUAUCGGCCGCCUGAAAUUCUACUAAACGAUCGCAACUAUGGGAAACCUGUUGACAUGUGGGGAGCUGGUUGUAUCAUGGCUGAAUUGUGGACGAAGUACCCUAUAAUGCAGGGCGAAAAUGAGCUUGGUCAGCUAAAGUUGAUUAUCAACCUUUGCGGCUCAAUAAACUCGGAAGUGUGGCCAGGGGUCGAGCGUUUGGAUGCCUUCCGCGAUGCUCAGCUUCCGCGUGACAUAAAGCGGCAUGUUCGAGAACGCUUAAAGGACAAGGUGUCUUCUCCUUCAGCUAUCGAUUUGAUUGAUAAACUGUUGGUCAUUGAUCCAUCCAAGCGCUUUACCGCCGACCAAGCACUUUCCCACGACUACUUCUACGAAGAUCCUCCUCCAGGUGACCUGAGAGUCUUUUCUCGAGAAGGCACGAGCUACUUAGAAUUCUUUUCCAAUCCACGUCAUGUCCGCGGGGCCCAGCAACAGCAACAUCAGCAGCUCCCACAGGUACAUCAUAAUUACCACGGUGGUCAUCACAUGGGACCACAUCAGCGACCUGGACCGUACCAAUACCAUCCUGUAGCAGGGCGUGUCCCCAUGGGGCAGAUACGGCGUCCACUUAUCCAAGAAGAUAACAUCCAUCAUGACAGGAUUUACUAA